AUGCUGGAUAUACAUCCAACCCCACCACUAGUAGCCCUAGUCCUAGGACUCCUCCUCAUACUCCCCUUCCUCCUCAUCCCACAAUUGAAGGGAUGGACCAAACAAUCUUCACUUCUCCCGCGCCUCGCACAACUCUGGCGCUGGCGCCGCCAAUCCAGUGAAAUCGUCUCGCUGCGCAUGUACCCCAUCAAAUCCUGCCGUGGUUUCGAGGUCCAAUCCACCAUUCUCAAGGAACACGGUCUCGAUCUUGAUCGGCGCUGGAUGCUCGUCGAUGCAUCGACACGCGAGUUUCUGACUAUUCGUCAGAUUCCUGAUAUGACGCGCAUCGGUACGGGGUUAAGUGCUGAUGGGACUGAAUUGGUAGUCACCAUCCCGUCGAAGAGUACUUCUGCCGACAAACCUGCCGUUAAUACCGUCCGCAUCCCGUCCCAUCCAUCCCCGGAAUGGCUGGACGCUAACACUGUCGUGGCCCCGGUUAAAAUCUGGGAUAAUGAUACAGACGGAUAUAUCUACGGCGAUGCUGUCAAUGCCCCGUUCUCGGAGUUUAUGGGUCGUCCUGUUGCACUGGUGUAUAAGGGUCCGACACCGCGCGUGCUGAAGGGAAAUGGAGACCCCAAAGUGCUAGGCCGUGUCCAGAGUACCGGUUUCCCGGACGUAUUCCCCAUUCUGAUUGCCUCGGAAGCGUCAUUGGCUGAAUUGAAUACUCGGCUUCGUCGUGUGGAUGUUGAUCCGAUCACUGUCGAGCGUUUUAGACCGAAUAUCAUCGUCCGUGGUGAAACGCCUUGGGUCGAGGAUUCGUGGAAGACUGUGCGUAUUCGCAGUUCGUCUAAGAAGGGUGGCUUGAAUGAUGGGAUCUCCAAAAAAAAGGCUAACCAUGCACCUAUUGAUCUGGAUAUUGUUGCCCGCUGUGCGCGCUGUCAGGUCCCGAAUGUUAACCCGGAUACUGCGGCAAAACAUAAAAAACAGCCCUGGGAUAUGCUGGUUUCGUAUCGUCGUGUCGAUGAGGGUAUCAAGUAUAAGCCUUGCUUUGGGAUGUUGGCCGCGCCGAGGAGUGAGGGGCCUGUGGAAGUGGGCAUGAAGUUGGAGGUGCUGGAGGAGACGAAUCAACAUCGGUAUAUUACUGGAUUCUAA